UCCUAAAACCGGAGUUCUGUCGGGGCGCAGUUUACAACUUUGUUAACUUCGGGCGGGCCUUUGUGUGUGCAGUUGGUAUAGAGGACAGUAACCGGGACGGAGUUACUUUGUUGCGCAUUAAUUGAUUUUUUCCGCAACCGGGCCUUGUUUCUUUGUAAACUUCAAGUGGUCAUAAAAACGGUAGAAAGUUUGUCAUUAAAAUACAUUGAAUACGGGAAGUAGCCGUGGGAAUUUAAGCAGAUAGAGGAAUCUGUGGUCGCCUAGGGACCAAUAAGUCCUUUUCACGUUGCUGCAUGCAACAUUUCACCUCGGACCAACCAAUUAUGGAUACAUGAAGCGUUUCCGAAAGUAACGCAAAGUCAGCAUGUCAACGAAUCCCCAACCCCUAGCAAGUCAACUUGCAUCACCCUCUGCCCAUAAUGCCGCAUGCAAUCGGGUCCGGGAGAGGGAGAAAGAGGUCAGGACAGUGAGCUCCUCGCAGCGCAACCUGAUCGAAUUUUUGUGCAUAUGCGUUGCCUGCAUCGCAUGCUAUUACAACAGUACCCAAUGCGGCCUGGUUUUCGACGACAUCAGUGCCAUACGGGACAACAAGGACCUGCGGCCGCACACGCCACUGCGAAAUGUCUUCCUCAACGACUUCUGGGGCACGCCGAUGCGCAAGGAGCAGUCCCAUAAGUCCUAUCGCCCGCUUACCGUCCUGACGUUUCGCUUCAACUACUUGCUGCAUUCGCUGGAGCCUUUUGGUUACCAUCUUGUCAACCUGCUGCUGCACCUAAUCGUCUGCUUGCUGUGGCGUCGGGUCUGCCGGCUGCUGCUACGUCAGUGUGCAGCUUUGGGCAGUAACGCCGUCUCCACUCCGGCGUCAUCCUCUUCGCUCAACACAUGCGCUUUUGUGGCCUCGCUCCUCUUCGCCACCCAUCCGGUGCACACGGAGGCCGUUACUGGCGUGGUCGGGCGUGCUGAAUUGCUCUCUUCCAUCUGCUUCCUGGCGGCUUUUCUCACCUACGCGAAGUCGGUCGGGGACUCGGGUUGUUCUCGGCGCACUCGAUGGUUCACGUUACUCGGCUGCUUCGGCAGUUGCCUAUUGGCCUCCAUGCUGUGCAAGGAGCAGGGCAUCACUAUCGCCGGAAUAUGCGUCGUCUACGAGCUGUUCGUAGUGCAGCAGCUGCGGCCGUUGGACCUGGGAAAUCUGGUUCUUCGACUCUUCGAGGAGCAACCAGAACAGCAGUCGCCGAAAUUAGUGAAUCGUUUUUCCAACCGGCGUUGGUCUUCGCCGGUGCUGUGGAAGCGCCUUACCUUCCUGGUCGGCAUUACGCUCUCCUUGUUAGUCGGUCGAGUCUAUGUGAUGGGCUCUCAGUUGCCCAUUUUCACACGCUUCGACAACCCAGCAUCGGCGGCGGAUUCUCCCGAGCGCCAGCUCACCUACGCUUACCUCAUCUACCUGAACUUUUGGCUGUUGCUCUGCCCGUCGCUUCUAUGCUGCGACUGGACAAUGGGAACUGUUCCCGUGCUGGAGGGAUUUGCAGACCCCCGCAAUGUGGCCACUAUUUGUACCUUUAUCGGGCUGGGAGCCCUGGUGGCCAAAGCCUGUUUCACCCGAAACCUGGCCCAAUCAAGAACGCUCAUCAUGUGCCUCGGCUGGAUGGUACUGCCGUUCCUCCCGGCCUCCAAUCUUUUCUUCCCAGUUGGAUUUGUGGUCGCUGAACGGAUUCUUUAUAUGCCGUCCAUGGGCUACUGUCUGCUGAUAGCUUACGGCUUCCAGCAAAUGCAACAACGGUGGAGUCACAGGUGGCAAAGCAUUGGCCAUGCAGCAUUGGCGGUUUUGCUGCUUUCGCACGGUUUGAAGACGCACCAAAGGAACUGGGACUGGCAGACGGAGUAUUCCCUAUUCAUGUCGGGCGUGCACGUCAAUCAGCGUAACGCCAAGCUGUACAACAACGUCGGGCACGCCCUGGAGAACGAUGGCAGGUUCGAGGAGGCACUGCUUUAUUUCCAGCAGGCAGUCCGCAUCCAAACAGAUGAUAUUGGGGCCCACAUUAAUGUGGGGCGAACGUUGAACCAUCUCAAGCGCUAUGCAGAAGCCGAGCAAGCAUACGUACAAGCCAAGGCUCUAUUUCCGCAGGCUAAGCCGGGAGUCAGCUAUCACGCGCGCAUCGCCCCAAACCAUCUGAAUGUAUUCAUCAACCUGGCGAAUCUCAUAGCUAAGAAUCAAACGCGAUUGGAAGAAGCGGACCACCUCUACCGGCAGGCUAUUAGCAUGCGAAGCGACUAUGUUCAGGCGUACAUCAAUCGAGGUGACAUUCUGAUGAAGUUGAAUCGCACCGUCCAGGCCCAGGAGGUGUACGAGCAAGCACUGCUCUACGACAGCGAGAACGCCGACAUUUACUACAAUCUGGGCGUGGUUUUCCUGGAGCAGGGAAAGAGCCAGCAGGCCCAAGUUUAUUUCAACAAGGCCUUGGAGCUGUUUCCAGAGCACGAACAGGCGCUACUCAAUUCGGCCAUUUUGCUUCAGGAGCUGGGCGGAGAAGAGGCACGUCGCGUGUCCCGUUCGCGAUUGUACAAGGUUUUGGCCAAGGACGAUCAGAACGAAAAGGUUUAUUUCAACUUGGGCAUGCUGGCUAUGGAUGAGUCCAGUUUCGAUGAGGCGGAGCAGUUUUUCAAGCGGGCUAUCCACCUGAAGCCGGACUUCCGAAGUGCGCUCUUUAACCUGGCCCUUCUUCUGGCGGACACCAAGCGGCCCCUCGAUGCGGUGCCGUUCCUCAGUCAACUGAUUCGCCACCAUCCGUCACACGUAAAGGGCCUCAUACUUCUGGGGGACAUCUACAUAAACCACAUGAAGGAUCUGGAUGCGGCGGAGAAGUCGUAUCGCAGCAUUCUCCACUACGACCCGCACAACACCCAGGGCUUGCACAACCUGUGCGUCGUCUUUGUGGAACGUAAACGCCUGGCCAAGGCGGCCGCCUGUCUGCAGCACGCCCAGCGCUUGGCGCCCGGCGAGGACUACAUUGGGCGGCAUCUGCAAAUCGUGCACGCACGUCUGCAGAAAAUCAACAAGUUACCUGAGUCGGCGCCAGAGCGAAAGCUCGCGUACGAGGACUACGAUCCGGACGAGUUUAAAUUGCCGAAGGAUCGACCGACACACAAGUCCCGCAAGCGAGCAUAGCUUAAGUUGAGAUGAAUCAAAUGAGUCCUUGACAAGCAUGUAAAAAGACAGGCCAAGAAGCCAACUCGAGUCGAAGGAGCAGAGAGUGUUCCGUGUUCUGUGACGUUUGCAGUCUGAUUAAGAUAACACAAAAUGGAUUCAAGAAUCCAUUGUACUUAUUAGUUAUACACCGAUUUGAAACUCAUUUACACGAUAUUUUUAUACCCGUUUCGAUCCUUUGCUGUUUUGCAAGGUGUGACAGCUAAUUUUGUCCUUUUUGUACAUACAAUAUAUACUAUAAUUUGAUGCGGAGUGGCAGCUGUCGUGCAUUUACCGAAAUAGCGUAAAAAAAUUGUACUUAAAUAACGUAAAUAAAUAUAAUACAAACAAU